UCAGUUAGCUCUCCUUUAUUGUUUCACUGUUGUUGUCGGUUGUACUUUAGACUUGAGGUCUUGGUUUUCAAUUCUUGUUAUCAACAUUACUGGUAGAAUCGAAGGAGUUUUAGUAAAUUGAAGUGCGGGAAACUCAAACAUGUCGUUGAGGCAAUUGGUAGAAGGAGACUGUGGCGGAGUUAAUCCUCUCAUGCAGUUAGGCGGAGAGUUUACACGCGACGUCGCCCGCAAAGAUGAAGGUUUCUCACAGGGAAGCAUAUUUGAACGUAGCAUGCGUCCGGAUGAACAAAUGGUGAAUGAAUUUUUGGGACAAGUAUCUGCACCGCCACAAUCAUUUCAGAUGGAGACCCUGUUGCAAGAAAUGCGGGAAAUAGAGCAGGCUAACUGCCAGCCACAAGCAGCACCACGGGUAAUUGAUGAAGUGGUUGGUCAGUGGUCAAAGGAGUUUGCCAGUGGAUUUACCAAUCAAAUGGCUCGUCAUCAACAAGGUCAUGUCAAAGAUUUUUUUGACGAAGCUCCUGGUACCUCAGCAUCCUUUCUAAAUCGACACGCUCCAUACAUGCCAAUGUAUGCUCCUCUAACAGAUGUUGGUCACUCAGACCAGACGGGAUUAACGGACAAAUUUUUUGAAGAAGCUGGAGCAUUGGAUGCGUUAGGUCAUUCUACAAAUGUGCAGAGUGAAGAUUGGGUAAAUGAUUACAAAGCAAGCAAUGAAAGUAAUGAGCAGGCAGCAGCGAACUACAAUGAAAAAUUUUGGCAGCGUCUUCAAGACGAAUGGGCCAAAAUAUCGGAGGAAUCGGAUCAUCCUUGGCUUUCGGAAUUCGAUGAGACCUACGACCCAUAUAAGGAAUAUAAGUUUGCGGAAGAAAAUCCAAUGCAAGAUGUGCACAAUCCUCUGGAAAAAGGAAAAGAAUAUCUGGCAAAAGGAGAUAUCCCCAGCGCUGUUUUAUGUUUUGAGGUAGCUGUAAGUAAAGACCCCGAAAACGCCGAUGCAUGGGAGUAUUUGGGCAUUAGUCAAGCAGAAAAUGAAAUGGACCCCCAAGGAAUAGCCGCCCUCAAGAAAUCUUUGGAUUUAAAACCGAAUAAUCAGAAAGUUCUGAUGGCCUUAGCCGUCUGCUAUACAAAUGAAAGUUUGCAGUCACAAGCUCUAAAAAUGUUAACCACAUGGCUGGAGAACAAUCCGAAAUACGGGCACCUGGCAACGUCUUCAAAUGCUGAAACUGCUGCUGACACGGCUGCAACGCUGGCAUCGUCUUUGAUUAGAGGUAAUAGACUGCAGGAAGUGCAAGAUAUGUUUUUGGAAGCUGUUCGUAUGAACCCACAGGAUGUUGAUCCUGAAGUGCAGGAAGCUUUGGGUGUACUUUACAACCUCUCAGCCGAAUACGACAAAGCUGCUGACUGCUUCAGCGCUGCACUGCAGGUUGACCCACAGAACGCCAAGGUUUGGAACCGCUUGGGCGCCAGCUUAGCUAAUGGAUCUCGAUCGGUCGAAGCCGUAGAAGCCUAUCAAAGAGCACUGGAACUAGAGCCCGGUUUUAUCCGAGUCCGUUACAACGUCGGAGUUUGCUGUUUAAACUUAAAGGCCUACAAGCAAGCUUGUGAGCACUUGCUAACAGCACUAAAUAUGCAGGCAAAUGUGGCCGCAAGUCGAGAACUGGCUGCAGGCGCCCUAGGAACUGGGCAACAAAUGUCAGAGUCCAUAUGGAGUACAUUAAAAAUGGUCAUUUCCCUAAUGGGUCGCAACGAUUUACAAGGUCAUGUGACCGACCGCAAUCUAUCGGCAUUGAACGAAGCAUUUAAAGAUUAAAUUCAUUUAAAUAAUUAAGUUUAUGGUGUGGGGAUUUUUCACUUCUGUAGAAUAAGGGUCACUAGUAAAAUACUUGUAUAUAUACAGCCAUAAUAAAACACAUACUUUAAAA